UGAACACUGAAAUGAAUCAAAACUGAAAAAACUUUUAGUACUGAGUAGCAACUAGCAAGCACUAAGAGUUUGACCCAAGCCAAUCAUCUUGGAUUUGUGGAGCCUUCUGUAUUAAUUUUCCCAUGAACCCCAAAAAUGGUUAGCAGAAAAAAAGAAGAAAUAUAAAAAAGGUUUCUUUUCUUUUCUUUUCUUUUUUUUUUUGGUUUUUUUUCCUCUAAAGAAGUUCCAUUCUGCGUCUAUAAAUAGCAUAGCUAAAUGCACAUUUUUCACUCAGUCGAUCAACUGACUCUCUCUAUUUUUCUCUCUUGCCUUUUCUCACUCUUCUUCCCUUGAUUCAGGUACUACUUCUUUUAUUGACAGACAUCAAUUACAUCAGUUUAACCGUCUGGGCUUAGCCAAUUUACAUCAGGCUGCAUUGUCUUGCUUAAUGAAUUAGUGGACUCUGACAAGUUUGGUGUUUUUAUCCUUUUGUUGUUGUCAUUUUCGUUUUAUGGCCCUACUAAAUUAUCAGUCCAUUACAUCAGCUUUACUGUUGGAUUAGAGAGAAAGAAGGGGUUGUUUUCCUACUAGUGACUGAGAUAUGUCACCUGAUCGGAAUUUGGAGAAGUUGGCAUCCAUAGAUGCCCAAUUAAGGAAUUUGGUGCCUGUCAAAGUGGCUGAUGAUGACAAGCUCAUUGAGUAUGAUGCUCUGCUUUUGGACAGAUUCCUUGACAUUCUUCAGGACUUACAUGGAGAAGACCUUAAAGAAACGGUUCAAGAAUGUUAUGAGCUCUCUGCUGAGUAUGAAGGCAACCAGGAUCCCAAGAAGCUUGAGGAGCUUGGCCAUUUGUUGACCAGUUUGGAUCCUGGUGACUCGAUAGUCAUUGCCAAAGCAUUCUCUCACAUGCUUAACUUAGCCAAUCUGGCUGAGGAGGUUCAGAUAGCUUAUCGUCGAAGGAACAAGUUGAAGAAAGGUGAUCUUGGUGAUGAGAACUCAGCAAUUACCGAAUCUGAUAUUGAGGAAACCUUCAAAAGACUUGUAAAGGAGUUGAACAAAUCUCCUCAGGAGGUUUUUGAUGCAUUAAAGAAUCAGACUGUGGACCUUGUCCUAACUGCUCAUCCCACUCAGUCUGUUAGGAGGUCAUUGCUCCAAAAACAUGGAAGGAUCCGCAAUUGUUUGGCUCAGUUAUAUGCCAAAGACAUCACACCUGAUGAUAAGCAGGAGCUUGAUGAGGCCUUGCAGAGGGAGAUUCAAGCUGCUUUCCGAACAGAUGAGAUUCGGAGGACUCCUCCAACACCUCAGGAUGAGAUGAGAGCUGGUAUGAGCUACUUUCAUGAGACAAUAUGGAAGGGUGUUCCAAAGUUUCUACGACGAGUUGAUACAGCUCUCAAGAAUAUAGGGAUAGAUGAACGUCUUCCCUAUAAUGCACCCCUAAUUCAAUUCUCUUCUUGGAUGGGUGGUGAUCGUGAUGGGAAUCCAAGAGUAACUCCUGAGGUUACAAGGGAUGUUUGCUUGUUGGCCAGGAUGAUGGCUGCUAAUUUGUACUAUUCCCAGAUAGAAGACCUCAUGUUUGAGUUGUCAAUGUGGCGCUGCAGUGAAGAACUUCGUGUGCGAGCUGACAUAGUUCACCAAUCUUUGAAGAAAGAUGCAAAGCACUAUAUAGAAUUUUGGAAACAUGUACCUGCAAGUGAGCCGUAUCGUGUUAUACUUGCCGAUGUAAGGGAUAAGCUGUAUCAGACACGUGAGCGGUCUCGUCAUUUGUUAGCCCAUGGAACUUCUGAAAUUCCAGCAGAGGCAACCUACACCAACAUUGAAGAGUUCUUAGAGCCUCUUGAGCUGUGCUAUAGAUCUCUUUGUGCUUGCGGUGACAAACCCAUUGCUGAUGGAACCCUUUUGGAUUUCCUGAGACAAGUUUCUACAUUUGGGCUCUCACUUGUGAGACUUGACAUAAGACAAGAGUCAGACCGUCACACAGAUGUCCUUGAUGCAAUUACCAAGCACUUGGAAAUUGGUUCUUACCGAGAGUGGUCAGAAGAGAAGAGGCAGGAAUGGCUCCUUUCUGAACUGAGUGGGAAGCGACCUCUGUUUGGACCUGACCUUCCAAAAACUGAAGAAAUUUCUGAUGUUUUGGAUACUUUCCAUGUUCUGGCAGAACUUCCACCAGACUGCUUUGGAGCAUACAUCAUCUCCAUGGCCACUUCCCCUUCUGAUGUUCUGGCAGUUGAACUUCUUCAGCGGGAAUGCCAUGUGAGGACGCCAUUAAGGGUUGUUCCGCUUUUCGAGAAACUAGAUGAUCUGGAGGCUGCACCUGCUGCUGUUGCUCGGCUUUUCUCUAUUGAAUGGUACAGAAACAGGAUUAAUGGUAAACAAGAGGUAAUGAUUGGGUAUUCAGAUUCAGGCAAAGAUGCUGGUAGACUUUCGGCAGCUUGGCAGUUAUACAAGGCUCAGGAGGAACUGGUUAAAGUAGCCAAGGAAUUUGGUGUGAAGCUAACUAUGUUCCAUGGCCGUGGUGGAACUGUAGGAAGAGGCGGUGGACCCACACAUCUUGCUAUAUUGUCUCAACCUCCAGAUACAAUCCAUGGAAAUCUCCGUGUGACAGUCCAAGGAGAAGUUAUUGAACAAUCAUUUGGUGAAGAACAUCUAUGCUUCAGAACCCUUCAGAGAUUCACUGCUGCCACCCUUGAGCAUGGGAUGCAUCCCCCUAUCUCUCCAAAACCGGAGUGGCGUGCACUCAUGGAUGAAAUCACUGUCAUUGCUACACAGAAAUACCGGUCCAUCGUUUUCAAAGAACCACGAUUCGUGGAGUAUUUCCGCCUGGCCACGCCUGAGCUGGAGUAUGGUCGAAUGAAUAUUGGUAGCCGCCCUUCAAAACGGAAACCAAGUGGAGGCAUUGAAUCACUUAGAGCUAUUCCUUGGAUUUUUGCAUGGACACAAACUAGGUUUCAUCUCCCAGUUUGGCUUGGCUUUGGAGCAGCAUUCAAAUAUGCUAUUCAAAAGGACAUUAGAAACCUUCAAAUGUUUCAGCAAAUGUACAACGAAUGGCCUUUCUUUAGGGUCACGAUUGAUUUGGUUGAGAUGGUGUUCGCCAAGGGUGACCCUGGUAUUGCUGCUCUCUAUGAUAAGCUUCUCGUUUCAGAAGACUUGUGGGCAUUUGGAGAACGAUUGAGGAAAGAUUACGAGGAAACCAAAAACCUUCUGCUGCAGAUUUCUGGACACAAAGAUCUUCUGGAAGGAGACCCUUACUUGAAGCAACAGCUUUGCUUGCGUGACUCUUAUAUUACGACUCUGAACGUUCUCCAGGCUUACACGCUAAAGCGAAUCCGCGAUCCAAACUACUGCGUGGAGUUGAGACCUCAUAUCUCCAAGGAAUACAUGGAAUCGAAGCUUGCUGCAGAAUACAAUCGGCUCAACCCAACCAGUGACUAUGCCCCUGGUUUGGAAGAUACUCUCAUCUUGACAAUGAAGGGUAUUGCAGCAGGCAUGCAGAACACUGGCUAAGUUUGAUACUUUUUUUUUUUUUCCUCCCUUUUUCCCCUUUUCACUUUGAAUAAUAAUAUCACUAAGUUUCUUUACAGUUUACACCUGACCUAUAGAAACAUCCAUUCUGAAUGGCACGAUUGCCAGCCAAACUUUGUCUCUGUUAAGGUCUGGAUUUGUAUUGGGGAAGUAGCCCCAUUUUGUGUGGUUUAUUUGGGUGGGGAAAAAAAAUGUAUCAUCAGUUUCUUAUGGUAUCAUGAGACUGUUGGAAUUCAACUCCAUUGGAAUGGAUAACGUGAAGCAUCUGUCAUUUUGUAAAAUCUGAGUGAGUGACUUAAAAAAAAAUUGCAGUCUUUGUUCCGGUUCUUAUUGUUAAACUGGGCUCUUUUAGCCAUGGUUUAUUCAAAUUGAUUGAAGUGAUGAGUCAAUUGUCUGAAUUGCAAUGAAAAACAAGUUAGACAACAAAACCUCCACGAUAUUAUGUGAAAGAAGUUACAUUGUUGUAGCCCUGAAAUGUGUCAAACUUAAGAUCUCAGAGACUACAUCCGAAACCCUGCAUCAUAAACUGCAGAAAUUGCAGCAAUGAAACAGACAUCAAACCCCAAAACAGUAGCCCUAAGAGGUUAAUACAAUACGAUUACUACUAAGAUAAGCCUUAAGCCUAAAAUCUCUACACACUUUUGAAGCAGAUCAAGAAACUGAAGCCACCAAUUAGUACCAAAUUCCAGCAGCAGAACGAAUCCACUUCCCAUUCUCGUACUCCAGAUGAGGCCUCAAACGAUCCACAGAGUAAACAAUCUCGUCCCCGGAGCUCUCGAAAUACACGCUGUACUUGUUCCGGGCAUCUUGACCCGUGAUCCUGCCGACCCACCACCCGUCAUUGUCAAAGGCGUCAACUUUGUCCAAAACAUCGUACCCGGGGACCCUAAUCGCCGGAGGUUUUGGCCUCAUUCUUGAAGCCUUGACUUCUUCUUGAAGCCGCACAGUUUCAUCCUCUUCGGUGACUAGAUUCUUGUACUCCACCAAGAAUUUGGCAUCGCCCAAUUUUUCCAGAACCCGGGCCUCGUAGUAUGACCCGAGAAACCCAUCUUCGUCGCUGAAAACCUCCACCCAAUCACCCAAUCCAAUCUCCAUUACAGGCUUUACAGCUAAAGGUUUCUUCUUUGCUUCUGUCAUUAUUACUACGUUUAGUACUGGUGGAAUAUGUUCUGUAUUUAUAGAACUUCUUGUAUAGAUGGAACUUCUUGAAUUUUCAUACAACCGGUUGGGUCAACGGCGCUAUAUAGAGCCAUUUAUGACUGAAACCAAUUUUCUCUUAAACUUAGAAGGAAGGUG